AUGGCUGGAGAGGAUGUCUCGGUGGCCAUUGCGGCUCUCGUGAUUGCUAUCGUCGCCCUCUUUGCGGCGACGCUUCAAUUCGCGCAAGCAGUGUUCGCAACAGCACGCGGCCUCCCCAACUGUGAUGAGCGAGUGAUGGGCAAGUGGUCCAAAAACAGCAAAAGCAAGUUCAGGUGGAGGCAGCUGCGACUUGAGAUCGAGUUCGAAGCGCCCAUCAUUUUUCUGGCCCCUCCGGGAAACGAGAGAAACCCGGGAGAAGGCGCGGCGUGGCAUGCGGAGGGCACCAUAGACAGUUGCAAGCAGACCCGUGUUGACUACGACAAGCUGUCUCCCAAGAACGACCUUGAAAGCGUCCACACCGUCGAUAAUGAGCUUGCAACAUGGGUGUACUUGCUGAAUGCAAUUGAGCGAAUGGAAAAGGACUCGCGAGGCUGGGAGGCGGAGGAGCGGGACAAGGAAUCGGGCCAAAAGUUCAUGCCCGUGGGAACGAAACCGCCGCCUGUGACCCUUACAGUCAAGAUCAUGGCGAAGAAGAGGAGCUUUGACACAAACCCGGCGAUCAAAAAGCCAUACGCAAUCACGACCAUUUCUCAUUUAGUCGAGCUUGCUUCCGUCCUCGGAAUUUACUGGAAGGUUUUCGAUCGUGACGACAACAAGUAUCGCGCCGAAGGCAACGGCUACAUCUUGACUGGCUCUCGCAUAGCCGACUUCGGUAUCGUCUUUGUCUUUGAAAAGACAGGCAGAACAACUUUCGGCGAACGACGACUGAUACCGACAUCAGAAGUCAAGGAGCUAUGCUUUGGUCGAGUCCCCACUCUUUUCCGAGCGAAGAAGGAUGAGGCCGAAGAUGUGGAGUGGCAAGACCCGUUGAAGACAUCGUCCGGAAAAGACAACGUGAAGGUUGAGAUACUGGAGUUGGGCAGCGAGAGUGAAAUCGCCGAGACGCUCACGCAGAUCGGCUGCAAUGUCGAAACGAUUCUCUACUACAAAGACAAGAAGAAGCACAGGCACAUCUUUCCCGUGACCUUCGAGCUUGUUGGAAUGACUGCUCGAGUUUUGCACAUCAAAGGAAGAUGUUUCCGCUUCUUGCCCAACCCGACGAUUUUCCCUUGGGAUAGGGAGUCAGUAUCGCUUGUCCGGCUUCUCAGCGCAUUUUCCGAGCUCAUUGGUCGAGACCUAGACGGCAUUCAAGACACAAUCUCGCUGAUGACGGAAGACGAUGAGCAGCCUGAUGAUAUGAUUCAACAAGAAGUCAAGCAGAUUCGCUCGAUGCUCGAAGAGGCCGAGUCUCUCAAGCAAGACUUCCGCACCGAUGCCGCCCUCAGUCACACCCGGAUGACGAAGCUACAUGAGACAAUUGAGUUUCUGGAUGAACUCAUCGACAAGCGAAACCAGGCUAUAGUCUUGGAUGUUCUUCGUCGUCACUUGCAGGUCGUUCUCAAGGCCAUCAACGGCCCUGGCCAGGAGAAGAACGCCAAAGAUGGCAAGGGCGCCAAUGGAAGCAAGCCAGCAUCGGAUGACAUCUCAUUCGGCGAUCUACUAGGCGUACCUCUCGAAAUGAGAGAGCAGCGUUUCAUGGAGAUUUACUUUGAUCAAAUCCUUUGGCGAGUUAUUGGCUCGACAAACGUGAGCUCUACAACAGGGGGAGAUCAAGAGGAAGUCACCAGGGAGAUCCACAGCAUCUCGAAGCUACGUAGAAGGUCACCCGUACGCGCAGAAAACGGGGAUAGCGAUGCUGAUGUCUCGCCUGUGCCAUCGCCUCGGAUCCAGGUUCACCAACCUACAUUUCCCACGGCAAAGCAUCAACACGGGCUCCCGUCACCAGGUCUCGUGCACAGAAAGACGUGGUCAUCUCGGGGCAAGGUGGUGCAAAGAGAUUGGGGAAACACUGUGAAGAUGCAGAUUGAGAUGCAACGGCUCACGGUCUGGUAUACUCUGGUUUUCAGAAUGAUCUGCUGGCUGACACUUCACGAUUUUGACAAGAAGGAUGUUCAGGUGUCCAAGAGUGAGCUAAUUGGUAACCGGCAGCCUGUCUUCAUCAUGUGA